AUGGGCGAUCGUGCACAACGCCAGCCCUCGAGGCUACGGGCGGCCACCACCACUCUGCCGUGGAUUCUGAUGGCUGCCGAGUCAACUGCUUUCGCACUGCUAGCUCACUAUUCACGAGUCAUGCCACCAGCAGGGGGCAAACGAUACCUGACAUCCACGGCAGUAUUUCUAGUUGAAGUAGUCAAGUUGGCUAUUUCCCUCACCAUGGCGCUCUAUGACGUCUCGAAAGCCGCACCUCCAUCCAUGCCAGCGACAUCUCUCUUCUUCUCCCUCACAAGCGCCGUGUUCUCGGGCGACAGCUGGAAAUUGGCCAUCCCCGCUAGUCUGGACGUGCUGUCCAACUCCCUCCUAUACAUCGCGCUAUCGAACCUGCGCGCCGCGACCUUCCAGGUCACAUUCCAGAUAAAGUUCCUAGCCACUGCGGUGUUUGGGCUAUUGUUGUUGAAACGGAGCAUCCCCGCCCGAAAGUGGGGCCUGCUGCUGUUGCUCGUGGUGGGCGUGGCCUUGGUCCAAAUGCCCGAUGCAGGCUCGGAGCAAAUCCUCAAGGACGAUGCGAACCAUCAUUUCCCCCGAUCGCUGGAAGAGUGGAAGGCAGUCAAGCAAGGAACUCCUUUGCAAAAGCGGUCUGCGACCUACGAGGGUAUCGAAGAGGAUCUAUCGACCGCAGACCCGCAUUUGAACCCCACAAUUGGACUCCUUGCGACUAUCGGGGCCUCAUUGGCAUCCGGACUGGCGAGUGUCUACUUCGAAAAAGUCCUCAAGGAUAGCUCGAAGCACAUUUCGUUGUGGGUGAGGAACGUGCAAUUGGCGGUCUACUCUGUGUUCCCCGCACUAUUUAUUGGUAUUGUUUUUCGGGAUGGUGAGAAAAUCGCCGAGCACGGCUUCUUUCAGGGCUACAAUUGGGCGGUGUGGUCUACAAUCAUCGUUCAGGCCUUGGGUGGGAUCUUGUCAGCAUUCUAUGCCAGCCAUGCACAGAAAGAUGCAAGGAGUCUGGGGACAACCACCAACAUCAUUUUGACCAUCCUUGGAAGUGCCUGGCUCUUUGACUUUGAAGUCACUGCAAGCUUCAUCGUCGGCACGGCCGCUGUUUUGGUCGCAACUCACUAUUAUGGGAACCCAACCUACACCCAGGCCAUCCCCCGUCCACCUCCUAUACGGAUUGACUCCUAUGAAAAAGAUGCUGCCGGCCCCGAGGGCUCGCCAGUAGCUCCACCCAACGACUUUUCUAUCAAAUUGCCAACCACGCCUUUCCUUUCCGAGGGCGUGUCAUCAUCUCGCCCUACCUCUCCAUCACCAGGCCAUACGAGAGUAAGCUCAAGCCGACACGCAAGUGCUAGUGGUUACUUUGACGAAAAGAAGUGA